AAAAAAUAUCUCAUUAAGGACGUUUCUCUCCUUUUACCUGAGGCCAUGUUUGCUUUAGGUAAGUAUUCCUUGGGAGUUAAAGGAGGGGCUGAAAGGCCCAGGCAAGCGCCCAGCCUGCAACAGGCUUUAGACCAUCAAAUGCCAUGGAGGGUGCAGCUGCCGGUCUCCCGCUCCGGGCUGCAGCGGGUCGCAUCUGUCAUCGCUCCGGGGGCGGCCGGCGGCAGCAGCGGCAGCAGCAGCACCCACCCCGGCCAGGGGAGCGCCCAGAGAGCAGCCCUGCUUUAUGGAGGCCCUGGAUGCUCACAGCAAGAGACAGCGAAAUGACAGAGAAUCAACAAAUGUCAGAACUGGAUGAUCAACUAAUAAAUUUUAGAUCAAAAGGAGCUCUGGGGUUUCAACAUCCAGUGAGACUCUAUUUGCCCAAGUCCAAAUCCCAAAAGUUUCUUAAUAACAUCGGAGAGAAGGUUCUGGCAAGUUUUCCAGUACAAGCUACAAUUCACUUCUACAAUGAUGACGCUGAUUCUGAGGAAGAUGAAGAAAUCAGUUCAGCCUAAUAAAGAACAGUGGUCAGCCUUGAGAAACACAAAAUAAAAUGUUAAAAAAAUCAAGAGAUAAAAAAAGAACUGUCAGCAACGUAUGGACAAAUGUCUGAUGGAACAAAGAAAUACUUCAAAGCUCUAAAGAAAAUUAUUUAUAACUAUAUUACCAAGGAGAAUGAGUCAAUGCAACUGGAAAUUAAGAGGAAAUCCUUUCGUGUUUUGAGAGGCUUUUAAAUAAAAUCCUGAAGCCAAACAAAAGAUUAUAAGGUUUAAAUCAAGUUGGUUUAACUAACAUGGAUUAUGAACAUUAAGAGCACUGUACUUAGUUACUUGCUAUUUUUUACAAUUCAUUAAAUGAUAAAAUGAAAACUUACAUUUAAUUUAUAUUGAUCAAUUGAAAAUAGGAUUGAUAAUGAGGCAAAAUAAUAUAAUGUACAGCCCCAAACUAACCUGAAGGCUUUGAAACACAAUGUUAGAAUUUAAGCAAGAAAUAAUUUUAAACGCAGAGCUUAUUAGCUCCAUGGGGCAUGUUUAUUUUGGUAUAAAUGGUUUAUGACAAAUUGACCUAAUCCAUUUCUAGUAUAACCACCUGUCAAGACAAGUACUAAAUUACAGUCGUGGUAUUUUUCUGGGGUCCUGUCAUUCUGUUAUUACCAGAUUUCCCCCCUGUAAUCAGAAAAAUGCCUUUUUUCAGUCAGAAAAAAAGUCAGCUUUGAUUAAAAACUCUGAUUUAACUUAAUGACACAUAGAAACACGCAUUAUGUGCUACCUUUUUUUGUCUUCACCACAGUAUUCAGAUCUUAUUUCUAUAGCUUAGUGUGCUUGAAUUUAAUUUGAUUUUAAUAUGUGACCUGCUGUUGAUUCCCAUCUAGUGAGCUUUGGAUGUGUAUUUUAUUACUUUGAUAUUUCUUUUAACUUGAUGUUCAGGAAGAGUUAAGUAACUAAUUUUCAUAAGCAUCUUUAUGUAACAUACAAUGUAGACACAUUUAU